UGCUUCAGUCGUACAAAACUCGACUCCACAGUCGUUUCCGACAGACACGAUGAGCUGCCACUUUAAUCUAGCUCUCCUAACGCUGGCGCUGAGCGCAGCUCUGGUGCAGAGCGCUCCACGGGAUGCCGUACUGAACGUUCUGAGCGUUGAGCAAGCGGGCUUGCCAGCCAACAACGUUGGAUUCCCCAAGAACCCAAAGAUGGUGGUCCAAAUGAUCCCAGAGCAGCUCGAUCAGAAUGAUGUGAGUUCGGUCCAAAUGCAUUUUCUGCAACUGAAUCUGCUGAAGAUUUUGAUAAUAUUGGAUGUGAUUAUUUUAAUGUGCAUAUAUUAUUCCAGCGAUUAGAACUGUACUAUUUAUUUAAAUUAUAUACAUUUUGUAAUUCG